AUGGACAAUGUCAUGGUUGCCUUCGAGACCUUGCAUUCUAUGAAAAGAAAAGGAAAGGGGCAGCAAGGUUACAUGGCAGUCAAGUUGGAUAUGAGCAAGCAACUCAACAAAGCCAAGACCUCAAUAUUCUUUAGUUCCAAUACCAAAAAAGCCACCAAAGAUUACAUUCUGACCUUGGCUGGUACUUGUUCCACCUCUUCCUAUGAGAAGUACCUUGGACUUCCUACACUCAUAGGAAGAUCAAGACAUGCUGCCUUCAAGGGAAUUCUGGACAGGAUGAGGAGUAGGAUCAGCAACUGGAAAACUAAAUUCUUAUCACAAGCAGGGAAGGAAAUCCUAUUAAAAGCUGUCAUUCAAGCCUUGCCAACAUACUGCAUGGGUGUUUUCAAAUUGCCAAAGUCACUACUAAAUGAAUUUAAUCGAGUUAUGCAUCAUUUCUGGUGGGGCCAUAUGAACCAGGAAAAAAAGGUGCAUUGGGUAUCUUGGAAUCAAAUGGGAAAGGCAAAGGGAGCAGGAGGCUUGGGCUUCAGAGAUUUUGAAAGUUUCAAUCUUUCCUUGUUAGCAAAGCAAGGCUGGAGACUCAUCCAAUAUCCCAACUCCCUGGCUGCCACUGUUUUCAAGACUAAGUACUACUCAAAGUCUGAUUUCUUUCAGGCCAAAAUAGGAGCAAGACCCUCCUUUAUCUGGAGAAGCCUUUGUGCAGCAAGGGGUCUUCUCGAAAAAGGGUCAAUAUGGAGGAUAGGCAAUGGUCAGGAUGCAAAAAUUUGGAAUUGUAGGUGGCUGCCUCGACCUACCAGCUUCAUGGUCCAGUCCCCAGUCCAAGGUCUGAGUGCAGAAGCUCGAGUUACUGAACUUAUAGAUGGGGACACAAAACAAUGGAACAGUGCUUUGGUUCAUGGUACUCUUGGUCCAGAAAUAGCUGAAAUAGUACUUAAAAUCCCUAUUAGUGUGACUGGUGCCAGAGACAAGUUGAUAUGGACAGAGACUAAAGAUGGGGAGGAAGAGUCAACCACCCAUGCCUUGUGGAGCUGUCCCUCAGCUAUGGAUGUGUGGAAUCAAGGCCCUACAGUGUUCCAAAAAAGCUCUAAUAAUGCAGGUGAUUUCAAAAGCUUGGUGGAGAAGUCCAGUGCCUCUUCCUACCAGGAUUCGUUGGAGUUAUUCUCAGUGACAGCUAAAGGUAUAUGGCAGAGAAGGAAUCGUAUGCUAUUUGAAAAUGCCUUCACAUAUCCCUCCCAAGUAGCUAGGCAGGCAGUCGACUUGUUGGAAUCUUUUAAAGCUGCACAGGCCCAGCCUAAGAACAGGACCCAACACUCCCAAGAUCUUUUCUCCAUAUGGAUGCCUCCUCCUAUGAAUACCAUCAAAAUAAAUUGGGAUGCAGCUUUGAGUGUAGCAAAAAACAGGACUGGUUUUGGUCUGGUGGCCAGGAAUCAUCAGGGCUCCAUUGUGUCCACGAAGAAGCUCUCCUCAGGUGGUGUGUUAGAACCCCUCCUAGCUGAAGCUCUUGGGGGCCUUCAUGCAGUAACGUGGGCAAAGGAAGAAGUUGGCAAUCAAUUGUGGUGGAAGGUGACUCUCAGAUUGUAA